AAGGAAUACCUGCGGCUAACGGAAUACCCCGAUAACGCCAGCGCUUUUGAGUCGGUGGUUAAGGGCAAGAACUACCUCUCUAUUAAUUUUGCCGAGAAUUUCUCCGAUUCCUUUGAGACCCGGCUUACUGACGUAUUUGACUUGAGUGACCUGGAGGUCAAUGACAAUGCCGCUAUCGGCGCCUUUCUGGUCAAAUACUUGGUGCAGGCGUUUGGCACGUUUCUGGACAGAUUGAGCUCAAUAAUGGGGGGUCGGGACCUGUAUCGGGUGCUGUCACCCCUGCAAAUACAGGAAGCCGUGUACGGGGACACCAACCUGGACAUCACCAACCACUUUGGCCCCUCCAUUAUGAUAGUGAUCGCGCAGAUCCUACCGAUGGUCAUAUCGGCCUUUCAGAUCGUCACCGACCGCAAGAACAGUAGCUUCGAGAGGGUGUUCGUGGCGGGGGUUAAACCCAUCGAGUAUUUCAUCGCUCAUAUGGUCGAGAAUUUUAUGCAGUGCCUCACCCUGGUCGUUUUGUGUAUGACCGUUUCAUACGGGGUGUUUUCGGCCACUCAAUUGGGCAGUUAUGUGGAGAUUUUUAUCAUGCUCCUUUUGCAAGGUGUUUUAGGCAUGUCCAUUGGGCUCAUGGGUGCGCUCAUAUUGGCCGAUGAGGUGUCUGUAGCGGUAAGCAUUUCUGGUCUAAUGCUUCCCCUAUGGAUAAUGUCUGGCGUGUUGUGGCCACUGGAGGCUAUCCCCACGUACUUCCGAUACAUAUCUAAUUUAAGUCCCAUAACCAUACCAUUGGAUUCAUUACGUUCGGUGAUACUAAGGGGCUGGACGUUCACUAAACCCCAAGUUUUCAUGGGAUACGUGAUUAGCGGCGGUAAAAUAUUUGCAUUAUUGGGUCCGAAUGGAAUCGGGAAGACCACAUUAGUUCGUGCCAUAUUAGGUCGACUCAAACUAAAAUCCGGUUCAAUCCGGGUUUUUGGUAUAAGACCUGGUAGUCAAGAGUCAGAUAUUCCGGGUGCGGGCGUGGGAUAUAUGCCUCAAGAGUUGGCACUCUUUGAUGAGUUUACUAUCGAAGAGAUUCUCAUUUAUUACGGAAUGUUAUAUCAUAUGAAUCGUCAGGAUAUGAGAGAUAGGAUCACAGAAUUGAUACAAAUAUUGAAUUUACCGGAAAAGUCACGACCUAUUCAUAGGCUAAGCGGUGGUCAACAGCGCCGGGUGUCGAUCGCCAUAACUAUGAUUCACAGACCGAGACUUAUUAUACUGGAUGAGCCCACUGUGGGGGUGGCGUUCAUGAGUGCCGGCACUAUAAUAAAACAGUCGGCGCCGCAGCUCUUGCUAAAUGAAUACCAGUGCCAAACACUUGAGGAGGUGUUCCUAAAGCUUGUUUGCGAACACAAUACAUAUAAAGAAAACUCGUGUAAAACCGCAAAAUAUCCUAAACCUAAUGCCAAUAUAAAUGAAAUAUCAGACCAGCCUAUGAAUGUCAAAAGUGCUAUAGACUUAACACGUGUCCGGGCCAUGCUAUGGAAGUACUACGUACUGACUAACCGGCGCCCACUAUUUCUGUUCAUGUUUUAUGUCAUACCAGUCGUAGCCCUCCUAUCCAUGGAGUUGACUGUUGGACAGACGCCAUACAACAUACCCGUCGGUGUAUACAACGGCGAUUCAUACACAGGUCCUAAAGCCAUGUCCCAGUUAUACAUCGACUCAAUUAACUCUAAAUACCUGGCGUUACACGACUUUCCGGAUGCUGACAGUGCUGUUGAUUCCGUCCGGAAAGGCGUUAACUUUAUGUCCAUUGAGUUUAAUCGCAACUUCAGCGACGCCUUUGGCACCAGACUCUCAAACAUACUGGAAAUGUCUGACGAGGACUUGGAUGACAGUCAAAUCAGACUAUACGUGGACAUGUCCAACAUAGCUCUGGUGCUAUUUAUAUUCAAGCAUAUUUUUGAUGGCUUUGAACAAUUUUCCCGGACACUUAAUGGCACAAUUGGUUAUGAUCUCUACCGAUAUAUGUCACCCGUAUCCAUUGAAACUCCAAUUUAUGGCAAAGUAGACCUGGAUGUGUCCAGUCAUUUUGCGCCCUCCAUGAUCAUCGUACUAGCGCAGUGUUUGCCCAUGGUCCUAUCAGCCCUGCAAAUUAUCUACGAUCGUAAAAAUACGAGUUUAGAGCGGGUACUGGUAGCCGGUGUACGACCACUGGAGUUUUAUCUGGCUCACAUCAUCCAAAACACGACACUGAUUACGGUUCACGUGGGGUUAUCAGGACUAAUGUUGCCCCUAUGGAUAAUGUCGGGUGUGUUGUGGCCCCUGGAGUCCAUUCCCCACUAUUUCCGAUACAUAUCCGACUUGAGUCCCAUAACACUGCCUUUGGAUGCCUUACGCUCUAUAAUGUUCAGAGGCUGGACAUACAACAGGACUACUGUACUCUACGGCUACUUAAUUACUUUA